CCCCCUAUGCCCGCGCAGUCUUCAUCCAAACGCUCCGCGGAUGAACCUCCUGCGAAGCGUUCACGCGUAUCAAGGGCUUGCGAUCAGUGCAGGACCGCCCGUGAGAAAUGCGAUGGCACCCAACCGACAUGUAUGAAAUGUUCGGAUCUGAAACGAUCCUGCACUUAUACAGCACCUCCCAAAAAGAGAGGUAUCCAACCAGGAUAUAUCCGGACACUCGAGCUCGCCUUAACAUGGUUGUUCCAAAACACUGACGGCGAAACUCUACUCCAUGAGAAACUUGCCCGGGAAGGAAACUCGUCGGUAUUCUUCGGCCGCGAGACUCGCGAGUCCAAUCGUCUACACAAAGCUUGGCGCAAGAGCAGAUUCUGCAAGGACAUCGAUAAAGUCCUGUCAGGGGAGCAGAUAUCGCGCAAUGGAGGCGAUGCCGAUACAUUAAUUAGCGAAGAAGACGAUAGCGAUGUAGAGCCCCCUUCAGCUGGUUUGCAGGACCCAUCGCAUAUGCAACCUUCAGAGGAAAUUAUAAUUUCUCCCACUACCCAAUUCGCCUCUCCCACUCUACCACAUCCGAUCCAACACCAAUCAUCCCAUUCUCGCACGGGCCCAACGUCCUCUAUAUCGCUACCUCCAAACAGCUGGCAUCUAUUGGAAAUUUACUUUGCCUAUACGCAAGCAUGGCUUCCUAUAUGCGAAAAACACGAUGUAUUGAGGACCUCAUAUCUUUAUCCGGAGCAAGGUCUUCCUCUUUCAAUUGCAGAAUUAUCGAAUUCUCAUGAUCAUGCAGAAUUGUGGAGUGCAUUGGCCGUAGCCGUUCACCAGGCCAAACUUGACCCUGAGCAUACCAGCAAUCUGCCAGAUGGCGAAAGCCUGUAUCAGAUUACCAAGAGUUUGAUCCCCAAUGAGGUUGGCAGCUUCGAUACUGGGCACGUUAAAGCUUUGUUGAACUUGGCAGUGGUCAAUAUUGGAUGUGGGAGAGUUGAAGCUGCCUGGUUGCUGGUCGGGUCAGCCUCGCGGAUACUGACAGCGAUUGGACACAUGUCCCAGACUUCCAAUCCGAAACUCAAACAUCUCUUUGCUGGAUGUUUCUUGAUGGACAGUUUCUUGUCUCUUCACCUCGGGAGGAGUCCAUACCUACAUCGGUCCGACAUAGAGAGAAUUGGAGAAGAUGGCCUCGAGGAAUGGCAGCCAUGGACUACACCGACCAUGUCAUGCUUGACAGCUACGCCUAGAACACCUACUUUUGGGCUGAGCAGUUUCAACAGGCUACUAGAUCUUGCAGACCUUCUAGCGUCAUUGGGCCGGAGACAACCCGACUCAUUGCCAUAUCCUACGGAGCAGCUGCUAUCGAAUUUGGACCACUGGAAAACCAUGCUUCCAACUAGGCUCAACUACAUAGUCGAUGAGCGCAAGGAUGUCCCACUCAACCCGCCAGCAUUGUUACUCUCAGUUACAUACAUCUGUGUAUUGUAUGCUCUGCGCUCAGCUCAAAGUCUUAUUGAUCGCCUUCUUGCCUUGCUAGAACAGUUUCGCGAGCUAUUAGGGGUACCAUCGAUGCCUCCAUUGAUUGACUGUCUACUGCAGGAUAUGCAAAAGAGAGACUCAUAUACCACAUUGGAACAGAAUUCCAAGAUUCGCAUCGAAACAAUCCGGGCGGAAAUUUGUCACGCGUGGUCCGUUACUCGCCAAAGGGGUCCAAUCAGCGUCGUCAGUCAAAGAAAACAGUCGCUACAACAAGUUCCUACACCCGAAUCAAUGCAGAUUCCAGCCAACUACAAUUUUCCCCGAUCCAGUAAUCGACCUGGCAGCGCCAGGCAAAAGCAAUCCUCAUCUCUACUAGAAGAGCUGCUGCCGGAUAUGAAUCCUGCGCUACCAGCAGAAAUAUCCACAAUGGGACCACCGAGUGAAGACGGGUUUCGGCGGCAUUCGCUACAGCACCGCCCUUCUCUAAGCAGUACAACACUUCCACCUGAUCUAGAAAAUUACUUUGACGAACUGGCUUCUUUGGAUGGGACAGAGAGAUUAGACAGCCAACCACAAUUCAUGCAAAAUCUUGGUUUUGCACCCGAUGCGAAUAUGGCUGAUUUCCUAUCAGCUGAAUUUGGACAGUUUCUACCCGGGGUUUCAAGCACUUUUCUGCCACAGCACGAUGACUACACGCAUCUGGAUCCAGCUUUCUUUGGGGCAUCCUGA